CCCAGUUGCUAACAGCUGUUCUGUUUCCAAGAUGUCUGGACGCGGCAAACAGGGCGGCAAGGCUCGCGCCAAGGCCAAGACCCGCUCCUCCCGGGCCGGCCUGCAGUUCCCCGUGGGCCGCGUGCACCGCCUCCUCCGCAAGGGCAACUACGCCGAGCGGGUGGGCGCCGGUGCCCCGGUGUACCUGGCGGCCGUGCUGGAGUACCUGACGGCCGAGAUCCUGGAGCUGGCUGGCAACGCGGCCCGCGACAACAAGAAGACGCGCAUCAUCCCGCGCCACCUGCAGCUGGCCAUCCGCAACGACGAGGAGCUCAACAAGCUGCUGGGCCGCGUGACGAUCGCGCAGGGCGGCGUCCUGCCCAACAUCCAGGCGGUGCUGCUGCCCAAGAAGACCGAGAGCCACCACAAGGCCAAGGGGAAAUAACUUGACAACCAUCAGGACUUUCAGAAACUUCAGACCCAAAGGCUCUUUUCAGAGCCAUCUACAAUGUCUCUUAAAGCGCUGAACAUUUUGUUUUUAUACAGUGACACUUUUAUAUGCAAGUUCACUGGUGGUGUUUUACUUGUUGAUUUAUGUCCCCUGAACGGUGCUGCGAUAUUUGUGGACCUAUGGUUAAAAACCGUAAAGUGUAAGUCGGGCGGUGAUGCUGCACGCCUUUUCUCUCAGCACGCUACAGGCAGGGCCAGACGGAUCUCUUGUUCCAAAAGAAGCAAAACACAAAACUGAGGUCUAGUCCUGUUUUCCCUGUCGGCUUCCCAUCUGGAAUUUAGCGUUAUUAAUCCCACGAAUUAAUACUUUUUGUGUGUGUGUGUACUUGACAUCUAUUUCAACUAUGAGGGUUAAAGAAUAUAAGUUUUGACAAUCUCGUGGUAGCAACUCAGGUGGCCACUUUAAGUUGCCUUCCGAGACAGGGUUUCUGUGUUGUAUUCAUGUCUGUCCCUUAGUUCACCGUGGCCUCGAGCUAGACAUCCGCCUGCCCCUGCCUCCGGAGUGCUGGGAUAAAAGCAAACGGGGCUAAAAAAUCUUGGUUUGUUUGUUUUUCGAGAUCGCGGUUCUCUGUGUAGUCAGGGCUGACCAAGCUGGCCAGAUCCGCCUGCUCCUGCCUCCCGAGUGCUGGGAUUGAAGGCUUGCGGCACACCGCCUGGCGCCUCUGUAUAUU